AUGGCGGUCUCCUCCGCUGCCCCAGGCGCGGGGGGCUGCCCACUGGAGGCCCGGCCCGCGCCCGGCGCCACCAAGUCGGCCUUCGUCACCGUGGGCACCACCUGCUUCGACGAGCUGAUCGCGGCCGUGUCCGCCGCGCCGUGCCUGCGCGUGCUGCGGGGCCUGGGCUACGGCAGGCUGGUGCUGCAGAUCGGCCGGGGCACGCGGGCCCCGCGGCCCGUGCGCGCCCCCGACUUCGCGCUCGAGGUGUUCCGCUUCAAGGACUCGCUGGCCGAAGACCUGCGCCAAGCCGACCUGGUCAUCAGCCACGCGGGCGCGGGCAGCUGCUUGGAGACGCUGGGCGAGGGCAAGCCGCUGGUGGUGGUGAUCAACGAAACCCUGAUGGACAAUCAUCAGCUGGAGCUGGCCAGGCAGCUCCGCCGAGACGGCCACCUCGUCUACUGCACUUGCAGCACGCUCGCCGAGACCCUGCAGUCCGUGGACUUGUCCCUCCUGAAGCCCUUUCCUCCUGGGCGGCCGGAAAAAUUUGCCGCCUUCUUGGAUGAUGUUCUUGGCCUUGAAUAAGGCCCUCGGGGAAAAUAAAAAUGCCUGGCCUCGUG